AGCUGCACAAUGGCUGACUGCGAAUAUGAGUAUCUGAUCAAGCUGCUGGCACUCGGGGACUCUGGAGUGGGGAAGACCACCUUCCUCUACAGGUACACCGACAACAAGUUCAACCGCAAGUUCACAACCACAGUGGGCAUUGACUUCAGGGAAAAGAGAGUGAUGUACACAGGGUUAGGUGCUGAUGGGGUGACUGAGAGGAACUUCAGAGUCCACCUUCAGCUCUGGGACACAGCUGGACAAGAGAGGUUCCGCAGCCUCACUACAGCUUUCUUCAGAGAUGCCAUGGGCUUCCUGCUGAUGUUCGACUUGACCAACCAGCAAAGUUUCCUCAACGUCAGGAACUGGAUGAGCCAACUACAGGCCAACGCGUACUGUGAUAGUCCAGAUAUCGUGUUGGUGGGCACCAAGGCAGACCUCCGCGACGCCAGGGAUGUUCACGCCAGACAGGCCAGAGAUCUGGCGGACAGAUACGGCAUCCCCUACUUUGAGACGAGUGCAGUGACGGGUGUUGACGUGGACCAUGCCGUGACCAGCCUGCUGGACCUGGUGAUGAAGAGGAUGGAGCUGAGCACGUACGGAGGCUCCACCUCCGAACCCAACGGCAGCCUCGUCGCCAGCCGCGAAAUGGAGGAGGCUCCUGUCAGGAGGAGGUGCGCCUGCUGA